GAAGCAUUCAAGAAUAGCAAGGAGGCUGCUAAUCAUGAGGAUCAGGAAGAGACGAUGGAGGAUGACGAUAAUGAACCUGACGCUGGAAGUCCUGUCAUUCCAAUUCCACAGUCCACAUCUUCAACAGCAAAAACUUCAUCAAGACCCACUCAAACAUUAUCCACGCCAGUACAAUCAUCGUCUGCACCAGCACAAUCAUCAUCCAGAUCCACACCUACACAAUUCAAAUCAACACCUGCACAAUCCUCAUUCACAUAUGCACAAUUCACAACACCUGCUCAAUUCAUGUCAUCAACACCUUUCCUAUCAGCUCCAGUAGUGAGUUCUCCAUCACCCCACAUCACGUCCCUGGUUUUAGUCUUAUAUCAUCAUGUUCACCUGGAAAACUAAUAAGCAUUGUGAAUCAGAAGUUUGGGAAUACAUCAAGGUACCUAGGUGACGGCUGGAAAGAGGUCUUUCUUUCAUGUACCCAUUUAAAUACCCUUCAGAUCACUUUGCUUUUACACAUUUUGGGAACUCUACAUGGUGAAGUAAGUCAUAGUGUGGUUAUUGUAGGUUUAAUCUUGUGAAAACGAAAAUAAUCAGUAUGUCACAAGCGUUGGGCAAAGAAAGAAAUGAGUCCCCAACAGGAAUCGACCUAUGACCUCCCAAACACCAGGUGGGUGCUCUAUCCACUUGAGCUACGGAGAACUCAUUGAGAGCAAGGCCACUUACUAGGUUCAUAUUUGACACGUGUCCUGCAUACUGCAACGAUCAGCAAUGUCGACGUCGCACUGUGUGGUGAAAGAAAUGAAAGAUGGUAAAUUUUAAGCUCGGUGAAACAAAUGUGUAAAUGAAAAUUACUAAUCAGCAUGUUACGAGUGUGGGGAAAAGAAAAAAUCUGAGUCCCCGACGGGAUAGAACCUAUGACCUCCCAAAAACCGGGUGGGCGCUCUAUCCACUUGAUUUAGGGAGAACUCAUGUAGAGUGAGGCCAUAUACUAGGUUCAUAUUUUACACGCAUCCUGCAUACCUCUGGGAUCACCAAUGAGCAAGUUGCUGGAACCAACUAAAUUUUCAUUGUUUUGUUUCAGAAUGAUGUUGACGCAGUUGUAAAUGCUGAUAGGGCACGUGACAUCCUUGGGUGUAUGAUAAAACUGCCCUGGGAUGUCAACAAGAAUUUGUCUUCCCACAUUGCAGCUCAUUUACCUGUAAUGCAGUUGUCCAAAUUCCUUACCAGUGUGGAGCAACGGCACCUUCCUGAA